AUGUCAGAUGCGCCAGAGAAACAGCAGGCGACAGCUGCAGCUGCUACCGCCUCCGAAGACACCACCAAAGCUGCGCCCACCUCUCCAGCGCGGAGCGAUAAGAGCAGCGACAGCGAAGGAAAGAAUGUGAGAGAAAAACUCAAGGAUACACAGAUUGAUGCGCAGGCCACAUCAGAUUCCACCCCGAGUUCCGAUCAGCGCAUGCACGAUGCACCCAACGGUAGCGCCAAAGCAGGCGAACACAGCGCCUCUGGCUCAGACAGCGAGCGCGGUCGGUUACGGCGAAAGCGCAGCCGCGAGGAUUUUGAAGAUGAAGCUGAAGCGGACAAGCACCCGGAAAAGAAGGUUGAGCGGCACGCGCGCAAAAGGUCAAGGGACAUCACAGCCGACUUGGAGGCUGCUGCGCCUAGAAAGCCUUCUCCCAGUACUAUCUCAAGCAUCCAAGAGAACGAUGUGGACGAGCAAAUGACAUCGCCAAACAAGAAUACCUCUACGACGACUACGGCCGACAAAGCUUCAGGAGCCGGAACGAGUCCCAAGAACAAGCGGACACGGGAUCAAGUUGAGAAAGACACAGAAGCUAGCGCAGAAGCUUCGGAAGGUGCAUCUGCGAAUGGCAAGCCUGUAGAAAAGUCGGCAGGCGAUGAGCGGGACACCAAGCGAUUACGAGACAAGGAGGAAGCUCAGCCUACCACUGACGCAACAACAUCUAAGACCAAGACACCGCUGACCGGUGGAUUUGCCAAUUCUUCCGCCAUAUCACCUUUUGCCAACAUGGCAGCGAAACCUCAGGCAUCAAAGGCGUCCGAUAAAGCCGAGUCAUUACCUCAAACAUCAGACGACAAGUUUAAAGUAUCUGGUUUCAGUGGCUUUGCAGCCUCAGCUACAUCUCCAUUUGGUGGCAUCGCUAGUUCCAAGCCAAGUACUAGUUCGCCUUUUGGUGGGGCGAGCGCGGGCAAACUGUCGUCUUUUGCGGGAACCGCAUCCCCUUCAACAUCUUCAAGCGGUGGGUUUGGGGCGCUCGGAAGCUCAAGUACUUCCGGCUUUGGUGGCAGCUCUUUUGGUGGAUCUCUAGGCGGUGGCUUCGGUGGUUUCGGCACAGCCAAGCCCACAGGCUCUUUUGCUGCCCCUGGUGGUAGCUUGGAGAUUAAGGGUCUCAAGGAGAAGGAGAAGCCUUUUGGUGCAGCCGCAAUCGGCGAGCCUUCUGAUGACGAAGAUGAUGAGGACGAAGACCCAGAGACGGCCAUAGACAAGGAAGAGCGGCAGUCGAGUCAGCCGCUCCUCUCACAACAACCACAUGAGACUGGCGAAGAGGGCGAAGAGACCAUUUGGACCGGUCGCGCAAAGCUCUACAAUAUGGCUGGUGAGGGAUCGAAUCGAGGGUGGAAAGAGCGUGGCGUAGGGACGUUCAAGCUCAACAUUACGGUUGACGAACCCAAGAAGGCUCGUUUCGUCCUCCGCGCAGAAGGCACUCAUCGACUAUUGCUCAACGCUGCCGUCACAAGUAGCAUGGUAUUCGGUGGUGAUGCACAGGGCGAGAAACCGAAGGACACUCGGUUGCUCUUCAACUCGCCCAAUCUGGAGGGCGAGUUGGAGAUGCACUUAUUAAAGCUGAGAGCCGAAAACGCACAACAGCUAUGGGAGGAGGUCAAAAAAGUGCAAGAGGAACUGUAG